AUGUCCGAUCCUAACCCUUUUGCAUUUGAUGAUGCAACAUUGCGAACAUUUUACCUGUUAAGAUCGUUGAAUCCAAGAACCGACUGGAAAACAGACACUUUGGAUAUAGAUUCAACGGACACACAAGCUGAGAACAAUCAAUAUAAUGCGGCGCACAUUCCAGAUCCUUUGAACCCUCAAAUAUCCAUGCAAAAGGCUUGCAAAGGUUUGAGUUUAAAACCUGAAGUCCAGUACAGAUAUUUAAUUAACAGUAACAGAUUCAAUUCUAAGUUGUUUUUACGUGAUGUUCAUAAGGAUGACACUUUUGAGCAACUUUCAAAUGCGUUAGAUAUACUAGAUGCGUCUUUGAAAGAACAGAGUGAGGACCUGAAAACACUAGUUCAGAAAAACUUUGUUCGAUAUGUCAGAUGUAAAUCUAAUCUAGACCAAAUAUACGAUAAGUUCGACAGAAGAAUGAAUGGCAAUGACAACUUUUUGGAUAUAGACCAUUUAGAGGACUCUUUAAGGGAUAUGGCAAGAGAAACUACAAUAAAACUGAAACCUUUAAUGGAUCAAGCCACCAAGCUACAGGACUAUAAGGCUACUAUUCGUUUUGUUCAAGAGUCCAAGGAACUAUUUGAUUUGCCAAAAAAGCUGGUUGAUGGCGUUAACAAACAAGAUCAUGCCAAAUUAAUGUUUGAAUACAGGCGUGGGAUGCAAAUUCACUCCAAACUCAAUAGAAACCCAGUUGUGACACGCGUUUGGAAUGAAGUCGAAGCGGUAAUAGAUCAAUAUAGGGAAGAUACCUGGGAUCAGUUGGUGGCUCCUCUGGAAAACCAAACCCAAGAAUACUUCCUCCCUUUGAUGUCAAAACUGAUGGACCUUAAGGUUGAGGACAAUCCGAUUACUAAGUGGAUGGAUACAAGGAUCUCUCACUUUGAUUCACAAUUGACGGAGUUAUCACAAACACUGAUGAACAAAAUAUUGGCAGCAAAGAAAAACAUACUGAAGAAUAGUUCAGGGGACGAUAUUGAACUGUCGUUUUAUUUAAAUAUGGAAACUUAUUCAGAAGAUGAAUCCGAUAAAUCAAGACGGAACUACAGCUUGACAGAUUCUCCAAUUGUUGUUGAAAUGUGGCUACUGAUUCUGAAAUAUAUUGCAUCCAUAUCAAAUCUAUGCUCAAGUUUUGUUGAGUUUUGGGAACAUGUCGAAAGAUUUGUAAAUAAUACUUAUCAAACAACAUUAUUAAAUGAAAAGAGGAAAGAUAAUAUAAUCGGUCUGGGUGAGCUAUCUCAAGAUGAAGAAACUUUGCUUCAAUUAUCGGAAGAAGAAAUUGCUAACAAAAGAGAAAAGGGUGAAAACUUUGUAAGGUUGGUGAACCGAGUAUUAUGCGACCUAUUUCUAGCAUCACAAGAGAGCCUGGGAAACGGUCCAGCAAAAAUAAAAGAGGAUGGUCUUCCUUCAAAUUACGGUUUCAUUCCUCCAAGGUGUAAUAGUUUGAGUUGUCUUCGAUACUUGCCAAAAAUUGUCGACCCUAUUUUCAAAUUCACAACGGAACUAGCCCAACUCAUGAUAACCGAUAAAUCCAUAGAAAUCUUGCGACAAUUAGUUGCCAGAGUAUUAAAUCGAUGUGUUGGAGCGAUUUCUUCUACGAAGUUAAGAGACAUGUCAAAUUCACAUAUUUUAGAAGAUUGGGAAGUUUACACCCGGACUGCUGAAGAACAAUACUGCAUAACACAAUAUCCAGCGAUUGUGCUAUCUUUUAAUUACUAUAGUAUUCGCACAGUUCGGGAUAUGCUAUUUUCAUACGAGAAACUGCCAGUUUUAAAUGGUGUUUCAAUAGUUUCCCAUCCAUCAAAACAAUUCUUAAUGGAGAUUGAAGCACAGCAAAUUGUAUCGCUAGAGUCAGUACUUGAAUCAAUCUUGAAAAAUGCCACAAAGGAUAAAGAUUUGCCAAGAAAUUCACACACAAUCCUCACCUUAUCCAAUCUACAACACAUCAAGAAAUAUACAUUUCCAGAAAUUUUACAAUAUUUUGAUGAAGCAUUUGAAUCCAAUUUAAGUAACAGGAAAUCAAGUAUAUUUGUUUUGUUGGAUAAAAUGGAAACUUCAAUCUUUGGCAACUAUAUAUCUGGUUUAAAAAUUACCCUAAAAGAAAUAUUGGAAAAGAAGUUCCACGAUAUUAACUGGUCAAAGCACAGUUCUAAUUCUUUUCGUGUUGGUGACUAUAUCAUUGAGGCGCUUAUGGUUCUCGUUACUGUCCAUAGCGAAUGCUUUCAACUUGGUCCGCAGUUAAUAAACCAAAUUUUUAAGGAAACACAAAUAUUUAUAUCGAAGUAUUUGUUUGAAGCAUUUAAACCAUAUACUGGUAAUAUUUCAGCUGAUGGUUUGCUGCAGGUGACAGUGGACUUGCAGUUUUUUCAGAAAGUUUUGGGAUCUCAUCUAGAGAAGGAAACCGAAGUAGUAUUGACGGCCUGCUUACAAAAUUGUAUGUCUAAUGAUCUAGUCAAAAUGCAAACAUGUAUUACAGAGACAGAACCUAUUGUUGCAUCAAAUUUAAGUAGAACUUCUGUACAAUUUGCCUCAUUCCAUUAA